UUUUUUUGUAAAUCCAAACUCUUAUCCAUUUCAAUUCCAACUCUAUUUCCAUCACUUAAUGUGUCUUAAUUCUUAUUUUUUUCUUUUUUUCUAUAUUAUAAUCACAACACAAAAAUAUUUUUUUCAAAAAUUUUGUUUAAUUUUUAUUACUUUAUUUGUUAUUUUUAAAAAUUGUAUAUUUAUUUGUUUAUUAUUUCCUCGUCUUUAAUAAUCAUUUUAUUGUUGGCAUCUAAAUUUUAUUUUAAAUGUUGUCAUUAUUUUCUUAUAAUUUUUUUAUUUGUGUUAAUUUUAUGUUUUGCAUGUGGAUAUUCCACGAAUGCGUAUAGCUUGUC